UUCAAGGCCGCGGAUUACACUUCACAGUUUUAGCCUAGAUAGUCGUAUAGAGACGCCUUAGUUUGGCUUAUUUCGUUCUAUUCUGCUAUUUUUGUUCAAAUCGGAAUUAAAUUGGAUAUUCAGAUUUCGCGUUACCGUCACUCUGCUGUUCUCGAUUCCUAAUACCUACUUGAUGUUGUGUCUUGGGUAUUUGCUUUAGUCUUACAACGAAAUCAUUAUUUUUGUGGUCAGUUAACAAAGUUCAUUCACUCUCUACAAGAUUCCUGAAAAUAUGGCGGACGAAGUCAACGGGAUAGACCUAGAAGAGACUACUGAUCCGUCCAUGGACUCGGCUCAAGGGGAGAACGAUGAAGAUAAUACCGUUGUGUACAAGUUACACGAAGAAAUCGACAACUUAAACUUGGUGCUCGACCAUUUGGAGCGCAAGAACGGUGACAUUUAUUCGCGAAUUGAACAGUUGCUAGCGUCUUUUCAAAAUAAUAAACCUGAAGAAGAAUAAGUCAGUGGUAUGGCUGACAAAGAAGUGCUGCGUUAUUAAUAUUAGGAAAAAUUACUUUUUAUUCUGUCGUGUAAAAUCAUAGGCCUUUUUUCAUUCUUAUAAAUUUGCUAUAUUUUGACUCAUUUUCAAAAAAUACCUGUAAAUAGUCAAUUUUUGUUAUUUAGUUAUCACUAAUAAUAUUAGUUUUCUGUCGUACAUGAAUGUGAUAGUACAAUAUUUGCGCUCAUUGAUAUUUAAUAUUUUAAAGUUGUUUUUGUGGUAGUAUUAUUUUAUGUGAUUCCUAU